AAGGAGAAAGCAGUAACGUUGUAUUACCUUGUUAAAACACAAUAAAAUCUUUAUGCUUCAAGGUUCAUUAACCAAUAAAACGUAAAUGCCAUUCUUUGGUCCAAUUAUGUUCGUAUUGUUGAUGUUCUUUCUUCUCAACGCGGGUUCAUACGCUCAAAAAGUAUUAGAAGAGUUUCGAUCACAUCCCAAGUGGAAACUGAUAGACCUUGGAGAGGAAUGCGGUUUCAGUUUCUCCGACAGAAUCAUAGGAGGAAAACAGGCUGCGUUGGGGCAAUACCCCUGGAUAGUUCGUCUUGGAUACGCAACCAAUGACGAAGGCAACGUAGUGGGUAUAUACGAAUGUGGAGGAGCCAUCAUAAGUCCAAGAUAUGUUCUCACUGCUGCCCACUGCAGUACAGAUCAUAUGAGGAAAAAUCUAUUAGAAGUCCGUAUAGGAGAGCACUACACAGAAUCUGACCCAGACUGUGUAGAUGGGGAAUGCGCCCCUAGAGUACAGGAUAUCGGUGUGGAGGAAGAAAGCUGUCAUCUCAAUUAUUUAGGGCAUGAGGAAUUUUCUAACGACAUAUGUCUCCUGCGCCUACAAGAGCCAAUUGUUUUCAGUGAUUUUGUCCAGCCAAUUUGCCUUCCGGUCUUCAACAAUAUAAUAGAGCACAAUUUCGAAGGAGAGUACUUGGAAGUUGCUGGAUGGGGACACUUCAGCAUGGGAACAGAGAGUAUAUUCGGCAGCCAUACACUGCUAACGGUGUCAGUUCCUGUCCAAUCCAACGUGUUUUGUACCGAGAAGUACAGAGGUCAUACAGAGAUCUUCUCCACGCAGAUGUGUGCAGGGGGUGAGCCGGGAAAGGAUUCUUGCAGCGGGGACUCUGGGGGUCCACUCAUGAAGCCCUUCUCCAUCAACACCUCCACGAGGUAUUUCCUCAUCGGCAUCGUCUCCGUUGGGCCCAAGAAAUGUGGUGUAGACCCAAUACCUGGCAUUUAUACAUCAGUCGCCAAAUACAUCACAUGGAUCCUUGAUAAUGUAUACGAAUAGUAGAAAAUCUCUUCAGUUGAAUGUAGCUCUACAGUUUUUGAUUUUUAUUAUUGUAUUUGCUUCCUGGAUUCAACCCUUGUAAUUUGGACUGUAAGACAUGCCUUCAUUCUGCAGCGUGUUUCAAGAGAAUGUGUACAAAAUCAGUACAAGGAUAAUUAUGAUUUUUAGAAACUAAAUAUUGUUGAUCAAUAAGUAAAUUAUCUCUGUGAAUUUUUAAAGAAUAUAUUAAAGUUCUAUAUUAAUUCUGA